AUGGCCUCUCUCACUCUAUACGAUACCAUCGUCCCGGUGCUGAUCCGCGGAUUGAACACCUUCGACCACGUUCUGACCCAGGCCGAGAAGUACGCCAAGGAGAAGAAUGAGGACGUCAACACCUACGUCCAGGAUCGCCUGGUUGAGGACCAGCUGCCCCUCGGCUUCCAGGUGCAAAACACCUCUAAGGCCGUCCAGGUCGCCAUCGGCCGCCUGACCGGCACCGAGCCCGCCUUCUUCGAGAACAACGAGAAGACGAUCGAUGACCUGCACAACCGCAUCAAGAAGACUCUCGACCAGCUGAAGGCCCUCGACGUCGCGCAGGUCAAUGCUCGUGCUGGACAGGAGGUCACAGUCCAGCAGGCCGUAUUAACCCACAACUUCCCCAACUUCUUCUUCCACAUUACCACCGCCUACUCUAUUCUUCGGGCCAAGGGUGUGCCUCUGGGCAAGAGGGACUUCAUCGCCGAAUUCUUGGGGUUUUAG